AAUGAAGAGUUUGUAGAUUCAUUCAUUGCUGAGAAGAUCUUUAGUGAGGACUCGGAUAGUCAUUUCGAUCAUAUCAAGUCAGUUUUCAAAUCUAUUCAGGAUGCAGGUUUAACAGCAAAUCCCUAAAAAUAUCGAGUAGGAGAGUAUUUAAAAUCGGCUCAUUGGCAACAUACAAAGACUUUUGCAAAGAUCAACACCCCGAUUUCUAUGGAUAUAACAUCCAACUACAAACUUCCUGGAGGAACUAUUUUGAAGGAUAUCAAGGAUGUCGGACAAUCACGUGACUGUGAAGAAAUUCUGAAGAGGAAUUCCCAAAGCAGAGGAAGAGACGGGGUGUACACAGUCUAUCCAAACAAGAAAAAUCCAACAAAGGCCUACUGUGACAUGACCACAGACGGAGGAGGGUGGACGGUAAUACAGAGAAGAUUUAAUGGUCAGACGAAUUUUCGCCUGAACUGGAAUGGUUACAAGAGAGGAUUCGGUGAUGUAAACAAGGAAUACUGGCUAGGAAAUGACCAAAUCCACGCCUUGACAAACGGAAGAAACCAGGAACUGCGCAUUGACAUGGAAAAAUUCACUGGAUCCAUGGUGUAUGCUCGGUACUCACAUUUCUCUGUUGGGAGUGAAUCUUCUAAAUAUAGACUGUCCAUCAGUGGCUACAGCGGAAACGCAGGAGACAAGAUGAUAAAAGCCCAUAACCUGAAUGGGAUGUACUUCACAACAAAGGAUCGAGACAAUGACAGGAAUGGAAGGAACUGUGCAACCGGUCACACUGGUGGAUGAUGGUACAAUAAUUGUGCAUGGUCAGAUCUCAAUGGCAUUUAUCAACCGUCAAAUAAGAAAAACAGUCAUGGUUUAUUUUGGGGAGAGACCGGUGAAAAUAUGAAGACUACUAAGAUGAUGAUCAGAUGUAAGAAAUAAAAGCAGAUUAAAAUUUCGAUGGAGUAAAGGCACAAUUCCUGAAAAAA